AUGUCCAGUUUAGGUCCACGAGAAGCUGCCAGCAGCCGGCAGGGGAGUGAGAGAGUUGCCAGCCCCCGCCCUGCACCGCUCGAAGCUCUACGACCAAUUGCCGGGCCUCAGAGACAGCGCAGGAGGUUCGUCCUCUGCUUUGACGGGACCGGUAACAAAUUCUGCGGAAACGAUGCAGACUCAAACAUCCUCAAGAUCUAUCGCAUGCUGGACCGGAGCGAUGGCAGCCAAUUCCAUUAUUAUCAGCCUGGUAUCGGUACUUACGUCAACACGAACUCGUUGUCGCACACAACCGGGUUCGCUCGAUUCAGGUCCUGGUAUGCAAAGGCGAAGGACUCCGCUAUUGGCACUUCAUUUGGCGAGCAUGUAAUGGCAGGGUACAAGUUUCUUAUGCGAUACUACUCCCCAGGCGAUCAUAUUUACUUCUUUGGCUUCUCCAGGGGAGCAUACACAGCUCGAUUCCUCGCGGAGAUGCUGGACCACGUCGGCCUGCUGUCCGCUGGGAAUGAGGAGAUGGCUUUCUUCGCAUGGAAGACGUUCCAGAAGUGGCAGAUACGCCAGGAGAGAACUGCAGAAGAGAAAGCUCAGAAGAAAGAGUUGCUCGAGUUCAUGUGUGCCUUCAGAGAGACCUUCAGCCGGCCCGUCCACCGCAUACGCUUCCUGGGAUUAUUCGACACCGUCAAUAGUGUUCCAAGAUUCGAGAAUGCGUGGAUGGAGCGCAGCAAGUUCCCGUACACUGCUCGCAGUUCAGCCAAAGUCAUCCGUCAUGCAGUCGCGAUAGACGAACGCCGAGCAAAAUUCCGACAAGACCUAAUAUCGGAGGUUAAGCAAGCCAGACAGCGUAGGCAGCAUCGUCACCAUCACCAUUUCCAUUACCAGCAUGCGAAAGGAAAGAAAGAAGAUACCCAUGUUAUGGAGGAGCGUCAUAACGUCCAUGCUCGCAGUCGGUCAGAGUCGAAGCGCUACCAGCCGCGCAGGGCCAGUCUCAUGCCGCUUUCGGAAACCUUCCGCGACCGCUCCGAGGUGGCGGGGAUCCGCUCACGCAGCCGUGGUUUAUCGGUAGGAAGGGGUGUUAAUACUGAUGGGCGCAGCGUUACACCUGUCUCCCAAACGUCACUACCACCCCCUGGACUUGAGGAUGACGACUCAGACGGGGAGCAGGAUAUACAAGAAGUCUGGUUCGCCGGCUGUCAUGCUGACAUAGGAGGCGGGUGGCCCCUCGAGGCUGGAGAAGACAGCGCUCUUAGUCAUGUGCCCCUUGUAUGGAUGGUCCACGAAGCUCGGCGUGCCGGCCUGGAAUUUGAUGAGGUGAAGAUGCGAGCACUCAAUUGCUGCCCGAACGAGGAGACAGACAGGAGUCGGGGCAGGGCCACGGCGCCCGCGAUACCUACGAUCGAAGUUGAACCAGCCUGUCGCAGCCAAAGCGACGCCCAGUACGGCAGAACCGGCGAGCCUGCUUGCGAUCCCGAAAAAGCACUCGCUCGAGAUGACGCUGACCAGGAUCUCUCGCCGUUCCAUCGGACUAUUUACUCAGCCGCAACCCGUGGUAAGAUCCACGACGUGCUACAGUUCAACAACGGCCUUUCAGCCGCAAGCGUGAUCUCGUGGAACAUCAUGGAGUACCUCCCCUUCCGACGGAUGGAUUUGCAGGCAGACGGAUCGUGGAAGAGUAUCACGUGGCCGCUACCCAAAGGCGAGGUCAGGGACAUGCCGAAGGAUGUGGUCGUGCAUGGCUCGGUCUUGAGGAGAAUGGAAGCGGAUCCCAGCUAUCGUCCCGGGAACCUGAUUUGUGGAGGAGGCGGUAGAGGGGUUAGGAAGGCUCCAAAGGAGCUUGGUAUGGGUGAGUGGCGGGUCCUGCGUCACGAAGAUGAUCCUGUUGGAGAGGUGGUUGUGAAGGCGAGUCCGGCGGUGAAAAAGGGCGAGACGAACGGGACGAGUUCUACAAAGCAAUACGUACAGUAA